GCAAAGCUGCACUGUGCACAAUAGUUCAAACCCACACAGCUGGUCUGUGUUUUAAGCAUGACUGUGUCCCAGCUCAUCUACGCUGGGUUUUUUCUCAUUAACCUCGUUCUGUGAAACACAGUGAUGACCUCUUGGGAAGCUCCUAAUCACUGCCCCCCCUCUUCGUGAGUACAUGUGCCAGGACAGCUCAGUAGCUCUCACACAGCCACCGAGCUCCACCCUCGUACUCGCUGUGGUCAGCUGACAGGGCAGCCUGCCAUGACUUGAUGAACAACAACCACCCACGGGCUACCCAGGCAGGAAAGCAACUUGCUUUCAUCUCAGAUUGCCAGGGUUGUGAUCAAGUCACAAAUCCAACAGGGUCACAGACCGCAGAACCCUGGUUAUCUGAGGGCUGUGCUGCACCACUGAUUUUCAAAUCGCAGCUGCAGGCAAACAACGAUCCCACAUUGCCACUUAUCAAAGGUCUUCCAGAGACACAGCCCUGGUGGACCAGAUGAACUGCACCCACAAUCCACUGGGCAAGGCAGUACUUAUGCUGUCUGUCCCCUCAGAGAACUGAAUGAACUGGUCCACAGUCUACAAAAACACUGGGCGGCAGAAGCAGACGUUCAGAGAAAAAGCCACACUCACAGGUGCAGGCAGCAGUGCGCCUCACGCCCAGAGGGAGAAGGGAGCGAGACCUCAGCUGAAGCUGGCGAUUCAGAGGGGAAGCCAGCGAAACUACAAAGUCGAGCGCCAGGCUGGGCCGGAAGACAGCUGAUGGCAGACCGAGAGCAAAAGAAACAGAAGCAGGCGGCCAGCCAAAGCUACAGCCAGAAGAACUGCAGCCCAUGGGAACAGGAACGCAAGAGGAUGAACGACUGGACCCCCGUGGCGACGGUGUAUGACCCCCUGAAAGCGGGGAGCAUAGAUGGCACAGACGUGGAGCCCCACGAUCGGGCGGUAUGGAGGGCCAUGGUGGCCCGCUACGUCCCCAACAAGGGUGUUGUUGGAGACCCCCACCUCACGCUGUUUGUCUCCCGGCUCCACCACCAGACCACAGAGGAGAGGCUGCGGGAGGUCUUCUCCAAGUACGGCGACAUUCGCCGACUGCGCCUGGUGCGGGACAUCGUGACGGGCCUCUCCAAAGGCUACGCCUUCAUCGAGUACAAGGAGGAGCGCUCGCUGGUGAAGGCCCACAGAGACGCCAACAAGAUGGUGGUGGACCAGCACGAGCUGUUUGUGGACUACGAGCAGGAGAGGACGCUGAAGGGCUGGGUACCGCGGCGACUGGGCGGGGGGCUGGGGGGCAAGAAGGAAUCGGGCCAGCUGAGGUUCGGCGGGCGGGACAGGCCGUUCCGAAAGCCCAUCAACGUGCCCCAGAUGCUGAACGAAAGGACCCUGCCCCAGGACAGGCCCCGCGACAGGAGGUGGGAGAAGGCAGGCGAGAGGGAGGAGUGGCGCAGGGACAGAGAGAGGGACAGGACUCCUCCAGAGAGAGACCGGGACAGAGACCGGGGAAGGGACAGAGACCGAAAGGAGGAGCGUGAGAGGACAAGAGAACGUAGCGACAGAGGAAGGGAGUGCGAGAAGGAAAGGAAGAGCAGCAAGCGCGAGAGAGAGAGGAGCAAGGAAAGGAAAUCGAAAAGGGAAAAAGAUGAUGGCAGACAAAGGGACAAGGACAGGCACAAAGACAGAAGGUGAACGGCAUCCGAAAUGGGAGAUAUUGCAGAGAGAUGUUACCUCUCCUUCAGAUUAAGGCUAUACGAGUCAAAAAUCUUUUGGAAACUAGUUAUUUGAUUCUCCAUCACAAAUCGCAGAGCUUUGACCUUUGAAAAAAACUGGAAGCCUCAAGCUCUGAACUGUGGUGGAAUCGUUCAUUUUCGUUCAUAUGUACUCAUUCUGUGCAUGUGUUUGCACAUCUCCAGAUACAGAUGGUUUUUCUUGCUGAUGUGCUCUUUCUGCCCAGUCUGCUCCUUGUAAUGUGGCAGUGUUCUGUCAUUUCUUUCAACACUUUCACAUUGAAAAGGUUCAUAAACAAUUAAGAACCUUCUGCUGAGGUUCUUGAUUCCAAGAUGUACCCUGAGACUUGGUUUUGUCCAAGAAAAUAAAAAAACAGAUCCCCCAC